CCCUCAAUUAUUAGCGUCGAAGUUAAAUUAGUAAUAACAGAAAAAGAAUGCCGCUGCUCUCUCUUUCACGAACUUUCUCGGCGAUUUCCCCAGCUCCUCCUCGCCAGCCUUCCUCCGGGGCACCAAAGCUUCGACGCCGCACUCCACUUUUCGGGGCUCUCUGUCUUCUGAGCCUCGGUACUCUCACCGCCAUCGGAUUCAGGUCAGGCUGUGCCGCGCAGUCGCUCAGCCGCCUCCAUUUCCUAGGGUCAAAGGCCAUUGCCAAACCGUCCACGAGAGGUCUUCAUUCUACUGGUAUGGAGGCUGCUUCAACCACUGUGCCAUCUAUUGUAGUCUAUGUGACUGUUCCCAACAAAGAUGCAGGCAUAAAGCUUGCUGAAAGCAUCAUCAAGGAGAAACUUGCUGCAUGUGUCAAUCGAGUACCAGGUAUCCAAUCAGUUUAUUGGUGGGAUGGCAAGAUACAAACAGAUUCGGAGGAACUACUGAUAAUAAAGACUCGCGAGUCUCUUCUUGGUGCUUUGACAGAGCAUGUGAAGUCCAAUCAUGAAUACGAGGUUCCUGAAGUGAUUGCGUUGCCCAUCACUGGUGGUAAUCUCAAGUAUCUUGAGUGGAUCAAGGACAGUACUAGAUCAUGAGGUUUCCCACGGAGUAGUUUUGAGCGUGAUGCUGAGUUUUCCUGCUCGAAUGGACAUUAUCCGAAUAAGUUGCACUUGAAGGACUAUCAGUUAAAGUAUUGUCUUUUUUUUUUUUUUUUUUUGGCAUUAGCAUCGGUUUCUUGUAUGCAGUUGUGUUUGUUUACUGGUGCAUGCUUUUGUUUAAUGCUUCCAAAAACUGUGAUCCGUCAACUAGAAUGAUGGCUAAAUAGUAUGUUGGGUGAUUGCUUCUCCCACGCCUUGACUGAUUCUCA